GAGAGAGAGAGAGAGAGAGAGGGAGAGAGAUCUAACAGGUGUCGACUAGGACUGCCCCUGGUCCAAUCGCUGCGUAAAGGGAUACAGUGGACAGUCACUCUGAAUGGGAGAGUCAGAUUUCCGCGCGUCUCCAUCGUUUGGAACCGAGUGAAAAAAGUGUCUAUUCAUUUUUUUUUUCUCGGCUUCGUUUCCUGUGAAAUUGGCGGCAGUUGUUCUGCGUUUGCUACCUGGAAAGAGGAAAGGAGAUUAAGCGCUGAUUAAGAAACUCUCAUUACUUUCCCGGCAUCUCGUGCGCGCCCGUCGGCUCUACGGUUACUCAUUUGGCACAACGGUCCAAAGUCUGUAAAUGUUUUUUCUUGGGACGAGGACGGAAGGAAUGCAGAUUAAUUCGUAAAGGAGAAAUGAUUUCGGAUUUUGAAGAGGAAAUGGUGAGUUCUUAAUCCGUUGUCUUUUUUUUUUGUUAAAGUUUUAUAGGAUCAGUCCACGAUAUCAACGCUUUGCAGACGGUGAAAUUUAUCAGAAUUAAUUCAGAAUUGAUCCAUAAAAUCUUCACUUACGGUGCAUAGGAAAACAUUACAUUUAAGAAACUGCACAAUAAAAAAAAAGUUUAAAUUUAUGUAUUAAUCAUUGCCAUUGUAAUUUUUUAAAAUAAUGCAACUUUGAAUUUGAUCAUAAAACUGGUUUAAAAAGACAUCAAACAUUUAGCAUUUUUUGCUCUUUUUGCUCAUCCAUCCAGAUGCAGAUAUAGCCAAAGGAGGGAUCUAUCAAAAGCAGCCAGGUUGACAGUGCUACUGGUUACCUGAAAACAUCUUUCUGACGUGGACUGUGGAGACGGGACAAAAGUUGGAAUCUUCAUCUGAUCAUGCCAGGAAACUAUCUGUGAUGAACUUCUGUUACUUGCAGUCAUGGCAUUAAAGGAGCUCUCCACAUGAGGUGAUACACUGUGCUCUGUAGGGAGGCUGUGAAAGAAGAUUUCUCUGUAAAUCAUACUCAUCCCAGAUAACAAACAAACCCACUUCGACUUCAAUGAGCUGAAUUUGGCUCCAGAUCUUUUCAGCUUACUUUUAAUAAGCUUUGCUUUCACAACAAACCCUCUCAGUGCCAAUAAUGAUGUCUGUCUGAUGCAAAAAAUAAUAAUAAUAAUAACUGAACUGGAGGACAACAGGGAGAGUCAACACAACUUAACCAGACUUCAUUAGAAAAUUAGCUUCUUUCUUGUGUGUCACCACAAAUCUAAUGGAUGCAAAUAUUUGUGUUUCCCGUGAGCAUCGUGGUGUGACAGAUCUAUUUCCUUAACAUCAGAUUUUAAGAUAACUUAUCUCAAAAAUAUAGGGAUCUUUCUGGUUUCUAUCUAUUCUUUUGUUCGUUUUUUCCCCUUCUGGCUGUCAGUCCAGUGAUACCAUCUGACGAUCCUCCACAUCACCUUUUUACUCUGUAUUGGUUCUCUGAGAGGCUUCAACCUGGCCGGCACAAUUCCAGCCAAGGGGGAAGAGGACUUCCUGACGCUGGCCGCCUCGCGGCUCAGCCGUAGGAAACGUGUCAUUGGAGCUGCUGUAGGUGUGGCCAUGGUUCUGAUACUGUUGGUGGCCAUUCCCCUGCUGGUCCACACGACCAAAGGAAGAAGCACUGGAGACGCCGGGAGCCGUUAUGAAAUGCUUGGAAGCUGCAGGAUGGUAUGUGACCCUUAUGCCACUGGUCAGCCUGGCCAGGAGCUGACAGCUGUGUCUCCACCGCCCCAGGAUUACUCUGGGAAGAAGAUUAAGUCUGGGCUGAGAGGGCCUCCAGGUAUCCCAGGUCCUCAAGGAGAACAAGGACCCCCUGGAGAGCCAGGUAAACCAGGGCCACAGGGGCCCCCAGGUCCAGGUCCCGGUGGCUAUUCUCCUUCUCUCUACACGCCCAAAAUUGCUUUUUACGCAGGGCUACGUAAGCAGCAUGAGGGAAGUGAGGUACUGAAAUUUGAUGAUGUGGUGACCAAUGUGGGGAACUACUAUGAGCCCAGCACCGGCAAGUUCACCUGUCCUCUACCUGGCAUCUACUUCUUCACCUACCACGUUCUGAUGAGAGGGGGAGACGGGACCAGUAUGUGGGCAGACCUGAAGAAAAAUGGACUGGUUAGUAAAAACAUUUGUGUGUGUUUUUGUGUGUGUGUGUGUGUGUGUGUGUGUGUGUGUGUGUGUGUGUGUGUGUUUGUAGGGACAUUAGACUAUAAAGAAAUAGGGAACUGAGUGCUCAUUUAAGGAGGGUCCAAGGACAGAAACAGCUGGAGUUGAACUGAGACCACCAUUAAGAAUACCUGUGCAGGACGAUAAGAAUUUCUUGCCCGGUCUCUGUGUUUACCUUUCAGGGUGUGUGCAGACUAAAGAUUGUGUAAUAUCAAGGAUCCUUAUGUCUGUGUUUGUAUGUAUGCACACACACGACCGUGCUACAGAUUUGUGAUGAUCCUGUGUUGCCAUUGACUCACAUUCACCUCUGUAACAUUGAGCUCUUCACAUUCAGAGCACAUUUCACUUAAGCAGGCAGCUACAAACAGUCGAAGAAUGAAACAGAGAUCUUUCUACUCAUUAAGGGGAAUUCAUGCUAUACCGUCUGAAAAUCACAGCCACAGAUAUUUGCAUUCCCACAUGUACUCCAGCGAAAUGACAAGUGGCAGAAUGCAGCAGCCGCCACCAAAAGGAACAGUCUAAUUAGUAAGUAUCAUACACAGAGCUUGAUUAUCGCCUAAACAGAAGUGCAAAAGAGCACUGGAGACAUGUCUGUCAGUGCGCGGGCCAGUCAGUUUACACCUCAGCUAAAUAAAUAAUGAAUAUAAAAUUGACAGUCCACUCAUCCACUCCCACAUUCCCCAGACACUAAUUAAAGACAGAGGGGCUGAUGGGUAGGGGGAGACGGGGAGACAGGGAGAGGAUAGAAGGGGUGAGGUGGGAUAAAUCACAGGAAUUUCAGCGGAGGACUCCAAAUUCAGGAAACAUUCUGCAAGUUGCUUUUACAUUCAUCCAUUCAUUCAUCAAGGACUGCAAAUGCAAAUAGUUUCAUAUCAGACUUCUGCCCCAGACCUGGAGUGUACCAAGGACUAUUUUAAUAAGGGCACACAGGCUCGUACAUACGAUUUGGUUCAUUGCAAGAGUCAUAAAUAAAAGUCUUUUACUAAAUCAUUGAAACGUGGUGACAUGAGAAAGUUAGCGUGGAGAAUAAUUUUGUUUCAUUUUAUUGUGGUCCGGAAAAGUGAGUGCAAGGCUACUUCUCUGUGUCCUAUAUUGUCAUUCCAGUCAUCUUAGCCUGCUAAAUAAUUUAUACAUCUUAGAUUAGAUCCCUGAACCCCUGCUAUACUUUCCACUCCAAACCCCUCCCCAGCUCGUCCAUUGAUUCUCCAUUAAUUAUCUUUUCACUCAACUCAAUCAUUUAACAUCACCUGGGUCCAUUUGCCACCUGUCAGGUGGCCUUCUAAAAACUUCUUUUAAAUGGACCACUCAGCUAACAGGUUACUAUCCAAACAGAGCCACCGCUGGAUGAAACGGAGGUGUAAAUGAGUUGCUGCAGAAUGCCUGAUCAUGUCUGGAGUUACUCAAGCCCUGAGGCAGACGGACACCCUGCCUGUCAGUCAGUGGUGAGGGUUUAGCAAAUGAGCACUAUAUCUGAAAGGUUGCAUUACUGACUGUAGAAUCAAACAACCUGUUGUAACAUUGCCGUAGGUCCUGAGGCUUUAUUAGAUAGUUUGACUGCCCUGUUUUUUAGUUUUAUUUAUUAAUUUAAUCCAAACAAACAAACAAACAAAAAAGGGAUUGCAAUAGCCUCAAUUUUUCCUUCUCCUCUCUGUAACUUUUACACUUUAACAGAUCCAGUCAUAUAUAACCUUGAGUUUAUUUGGCAGCCAUUUUAACAGAUUCAGAUUUCAGACAGGUUGAGCGAAAACGAAUGAAACGAUUGAGACUCAAUAUGACAGGGACAUGCAGGGCCGUCCACCUGGAGACACUGAGAGGAGGGGGAAAACAAGACAAGUGAGUUGAUGUGAAGAUCAGGGGUGGAGCAGAGGAAGAUAGAUGACUUAAUGGAGUUGUGGAGACAGUGGGCUGGUAGACGAGGCAUCAGGGAGGCUGCUGGUGAAGGCCAGGAUGAGAUCGGGGUGCAAUGACCAAUGGACGCCCACUAGACACGUCUCGGCAUGACAAGUGAUCAAGGACGGGGUGAAAAACAGAGAAAACUGUUUUGAGAAAGUGUGUUUACGCACCAAUAACAGGUAGAGGAGGUUGGAAAGUGGCAGAGAAAUGAAUUUGGAGCAUUAAUAGAUUUUCGCGAUGAAGAUCGGCAGCAGCUGAAUAAAUGCUGAUUAAAUUGGCGAAAUGUUCACUCUGUUGUUUUCUCACUUGUGGCAUGUGACAUGUGAGCGGUGUAAAGUGAUGCCAGGAUCUCAGGAGGAUGUGCUGACUCUGGCAGGGCUUCCAUGGGAUUCCUAUAGAUCCGAUACCUAUUACCUCCACUAAAUCCCCGCUCUCUAAAGCCCACCUGCUCACACCUCAAUCUAACUUUCACAAAUCAUUGCAGCAUGACAGGGCUUCAGAGGCAAGGGGAUUUGUGAUUGAAGGGGGGUCACACUUGAGUUGCUCCCCUGUUUGUAAUUGAGUUACAGUACAAUUAUUACAAUGUAUGACGGGACUGUUUGUCCAAGUCUGGGCAAAUGAUGGAUCCAUCAUUGUAUUCUUAAGAUUGUUACUGAAUAUUGAUUUAAACUCAUAAUUUUAUCAGCAAUACAGCUGUAACAAUCCUGUUUAAUUACGUCUACUGCUAAUUCACCUUCAAGGUUAUAUCUCUUGCAUGGUACUUAUCAUUCCAGUUUGCUAUGAUACGAUAUUAAGACGGUCUAUGCUAAUGCUCAGAUGCUUUCACUGUGAAGGAUGGAGAUGCCUCUUAUGUCCUUUAAGACAGAACUUUCUUUUUAUUAUUUAGUACGUUAUCUGCAUACCUUCUUAUUUAUAAGCCCAUACUGCACCACACAUAUAUAUUUUACAUAUCUCCAAUACAACAGAUCCUCGCUCUGCUUCCAUUUAGUCCCUCUUGUUUUUUAAACUCAUCACAGACUCUUUUAAUAGCUCAAGUAAAGGUCAGGUUAUCUCACAGAGAAAUGUUAAAAUGUCAUCACCUGCUGUAAUGACCAUUACCUGUAUUAAGAACAGAGACAUAUAUAUGCUACAGGUGGAAUAUAAUUAGUCUCAGAGCAAGGGGUGAGGAAGACAUAUAGAGCAGCUUUGGGUGAUAGAGAAUACAUAUCAGAUGUUUUCUUUUUAGACAUUUAUUGACUUAUUUAAACAAUCAUGGUUUGCUUUUAAUGAAGGAGUGAUAAGAGUCAGCCUCGUUCAUACUGUGUACAGGUUAGUGGACUCUAUGCACUGAAACUCAGAAUGGCAGGUUAUAGCUAUCCAAGGUACGGUCCAAUGCCACAGCGGCUUGUCGGCAUGUAAUCCCCAGGCUCCCAGAGGAGAGGGGAAAGCCUAUUCAAUAAAUAUUCUAUUUCCACAACAUGCCCCCCCACCCCCCAUUCCCCACCUGGUCCCCUGCCCUCCUGCCAUGUGCUGGAGUCCCUUAGGUAAGUUUAACAGCUACUUUUCUAUUGUCUCCGCUCUAAGAGGUCAGUAUAUCACAGUGAAUGAAUCCUGUCACUUUUAUUACCAGUGGAGCACAGCACCACGGAUAAAAACAAGACUUCAUAUACCCCCACAUCUCCCCGGUCUCACAAAAUAGCCUCGCUUGAUCAGUCUGUUACUCUAGCCCCUCUCCCCCUCCCCUGCCCUCCCAUCCUCAACCCUCAGGCCCUUGUUUUUUUUUUUUUUUUUUUUUUUUCUCUUUUUUUUCUCUAUCCUUGUCUGUCUUUGGCACUGCGGCUCCACUUGUAUAGAAAAUGACACCACAGCUGCUCCUCGCCACCACUCUUCCCUCCAUCCCUCCCUCCUACUCGCCUGUGGCCCCCUCUGCUCCCAGGCGUGUUUACUCGAGGCCCUAUAAUGAAAGGCCCAGGCAGAGACAGAGAUGGCCACAGGCGAAACCCUGGGGGCCCAAUGUGCCUCACUGCUCACAACCCCUUCCAGCUCCAGGAUCAGCUCGGUGUGCUGCCUGGUUCACAUGGAUCAGACUGUGUCCUCCAGCCGUAUCCAUCUCCUCUGCUGACUUCCCGUCCUAAUCCCACCCCAGUUCUCCUUAUGCCUCUCUGUCACCCAUCUGCAUUAAUGGAUGGCUUGUAUUAUUCCUCCACGUGCAGGGACAUCAGCUGAAGCACCAAUUCAUACAUCAUAUAUUGGCAAAACAGUCUCCCUGCUGAGUGAUGAAUACAAGUCACUUGUGAAGAAUCCAACUUUCACUUUCAUGCAUGAAGUCAUGAGACCUGAAGAGGUAUUGGGGGUGGGUUUGGUGGGGGGGCACCUCUGUGUGUCUCCCUCUGUUACACUGUUUGGUCAAAAUAAUGAGCAGGAUGACAUAUGCCGGUGUCGAUAGGCAGUCACAACAACAGCAUCACUGUCAGAUGAAGCCAAAGAUGCAAAUGUGAUAUUGGCUGUCACUGCACAUGUCAAGCAGAGCAACAAUAUAACCUUUACAGAUGACAAUAGAUUGGUGUCGUUACUUGAGAGAUGGUCUUAUGAGAGCCCAACAAAGGGUAGAUUAGGUUUAAUUAGACUAAUUGGGCAGUCUGGGAAAAUGGUGUAUGUGUGUGUGUGUUUGUGUUUGUGUGUGAUGGGUGGGGGGUUACAUUUUAAAAAUAAUAUUUUUUUGUGAGGCCAAUGAUAAAACUAAUUUUAACAUCAAAAUUGAAUUAAUUCAGUUUACGUUGUUUAUGAUAAAAUGUUUUUGUGCUGCAAGAAACCAUACCUAAAUGAUUACUUUUUCCCAUUGUCCUCUGCUAAACCAGUGUUUUUAAUUACCAGUUUAGGUUAAACUUUUCAUACAUAAUUUGGUUUGCAGUGCACACCUAUCCCAAAUUCAAAUAACUGCAGAGAGACACGCAGAGUAUAAAACACCCCCUGGACUACAAAUCCUGAAAUCUAAUGAAACAGGAUCGUUGCGGUAGAGUAACAAUAGCGAUGCUCAGUUUUACUGUGUUGCUGUUGAACUGAGAAGAAGCCUCAAGAGAUCUAUCUCUCUGGUCCCUUAAUCAAUUAGGUUUGGAGAGGACAGUGGCGUGCUUUCCACUGGUCACCCAACAUGCUUCAUGGUGGAUGCAGCAUCCAUGACCUGCAUCUCAUUUGAGAAAAAGAAAAAAAAAAGGGACAGAUAUCACCAAGGAAAUUGACUCCGGGAUGGAUUGAUGGUUGACGGUGUGUGUUCAGAUGAGAGCAAACUGAGGUUGGAUGCAGGAAGCAUAUUUUUCAGUUACUGUAAUUCAGGCUCUGUUGCUCAGGGAUUGAUGGUUUUCAAAUUGAUGCGUGCUCGUUGGGGAGAAAGAGGUCGCAGUGAUGGGGAUGACAUGACGGUAGUUGAGUUGCAGAUCAUAUUCUGUGGCUGUCAUGGAGAUGUGCGUGGCUUGUCUGGCUGCUGACACAGAUUGAGUGCUCCCACCGUGGAUGGACACUGAGCCAGACACAAGGCCACUGAUGGCUGACAUAUGUCUGAUGAUUGGAGCUGCUACACCAGAAUUAUUGAUAUAACCAGCUCAAAAAGGUUUUGGAAAUGCUACACAGUUUAUGGACAGACUCUCCUGCAAUUUUCCCGAGAAAGUUUCCAUCUUCAGUAAAUCUGUUUAUUAGUACUUGUAUCUUUGUCUGUUUGUAUUUAACUAACAGGAAGACAUUUUUGCAAUAGACUUAAUUUCAUAUAUUUUUCUAGACCUGAAUAGUUAAACUACUAUCUGUAAGACUCUUGCUUGUACAUCCAGCUUUAAUAAAGCAUUAGAGUGUAGCAAUACAUGAUCACCAAGCAGGAUUUAAAGAAUCGACGAGGGAAUUCAUGUUUCCUUUACCCUGUAAUCCAAUCGAGGCAUGUGUAUUUAAAUGUCCACAAUGAGUAAACCCAAUUAAAUGUGUUAACAAACAAGUAAAGAUCCACUGCCGCUGGGUCAAUAAGAGCAAACUCACACACAGCAUGCAAAUGUGAAACUGUCUGGCUGCGGCAUAGCCACUCAAUAUCAUGCAUAUCGAGCUGGUCCAGGAUCAUAAGCAACAGGUCAAUAGCUGGUGUGGAUAGUGAUGCUGUUACUUGGCUUCGCUGGUUUCCCCACAGACAACCUGUUGUCCCCGGUGAGCCUGCUUAUCUGCACGACCCAAUCAGCCCUCCUUCCUUGGCCUUUUGCUCAGAGGCCUCCCUGCUUGGGCUGAUCAAUACAAGGCAGAGUGGAUGUGUUCUCAGUCCACCCCGGGGUCAUGGGUCACCACCUCAUCCAUCUGUUAAUCCAGCAAAGAUUUCGAGGUGAUGUCAUAGUCAUGAAGGAGUGUUAAUAAUUGAUCCUGACCCAGCCUGCAAAAAAGAAAAAAAAAAAAAAAGGAAAAAACAAACAAACAAAAAAAAAAUAAAAGUGAUAAAGGAACGAUGUGAGCUAUUGAGAUUGAGGGAUUUAGUUUAAAAAGCUGUGUUGUUCUGGGAGCUUUUGAGUAAUUUGCCUUGACAUUUGCAAGUGUUUGUUCACUUUUGUCCAUGUUCUAAUUGUCGAUGCGUUUGUCCUCCAUGGGUGACAGGUAAGAGCCAGCGCCAUCGCUCAGGAUGCUGAUCAGAAUUACGACUACGCUUCCAACAGUGUGAUCCUGCAUUUGGAUGUGGGUGAUGAGGUGUGUGUGCAGCUGGAUGGAGGAAAGGUCCACGGAGGGAACACAAACAAAUACAGCACCUUUUCUGGCUUCCUCAUCUACCCCGACUGAGCCUGCGAUCCUUACUCACUGGGAAUGAACACUAUCACACACAAAUAAGAACAAGUCUACAUUUACACACGUGUAUGCACACAGAAUUAAGCAGAAACACAGACAGAUAAACACCAACUUACACCACAAAUGUGAGCAAACACAUACGCACACACACCCUGGGAUUACACCAGACUACAGAUGUGUGGAUCAAGUGAAAAUCCAAGAUAAAAAGGAUGAAGUUGGGUUGUGAGAUUCUGAGCCAAUCAUCAUGAGCAACUGCAUCUAUUAAUGCCCUUUGUGUGCAAAUAUAAAUCUCAGAAUAUGUACAGUAUAGGUGCACAUAACAAUUGCACGUUGUGGCUCUAAAAUAUCUAAAAUAUGUGUUGCAUAUUAACUGACAUUGUGAGGACUAGAAUUUAACAAACACCAUCAGUAUAAUUGUUUGUAAUGCAAUAAUGGUGUUGAGGGUGCAAUUAAUUAAAAAGACAGAGCUGGAGCAAUUACUCGCCAACUGUAUACCGACACAGUAUUUAUCAUUUACAUCUCUGCUCUGCAGAUUCAGUGACCUCUGAUCAAACAGCUGCAUAUGCAUUGCAACACAUCAUUGAAGGAAGAAAAAAAAAACCCUUGAGUGAAUUUCAGCCCCCCUGCUGUGAUUCCUCUACAUUUGAGCAGUGCUGAUUAAAUUAAGGCCAUCUGAAUAAACACAGAUGCUUGACCUUUUGUUCCUACAGGAUAUCAUUCAGCAAGAUUAUACUAAAUAUACAAACAUCACAAGGCAACACAUCAUGACAUGUUAUGGGAGGCAAUUGAUGUGUGAUGAAGUCUUAGUGCCAAGUGCAUUAUUAUUGUGUGUGUGUGAGGGUGGUUGGGUAUAUCAGUUUGAGUGUACGUGUAGAUACUAUAAGAUAAAAAGGGAGUGAAAAGUAAUGAAGGCACAGUUUUAUUUAUGUCAAGAUUAUAAUAUACAUUACAGACACGUUACUGUAAUUAAUUACACUGCCAUACCUACUUUGUUCUAUAUUUUUGAGGAACCCUGUCAAAGUAUCAUCAUAUGUAAACAGAAAUCCUGGGAGGGCUAUCUAGUAUGUUGACUAGGUUUGGUAGAAGAUUGCUAUUAAAACAUCCAUACCUAU